AUGGCCCAGAUAAGGGACCAAGAACAUGCUGCGUACCUGGCGCGGGAAGCUGUUAAGUCGAUAGAUGCGGGUAAGCGUGAGGUUGCCUCGCAAUACAUUCGCCAAGCUAUUGCGAUAGCUCCAGAAAACCCGGAGGUGAAAUCCUCCUUUCUUCGAGUGAGAGAGGACGAAGAGAAUGGCCAUCCGCUACUAGACCUCUGUCGCCGCUACACUACACAGAAAGAUGAAGAUGCGGGAAAGGAAGCCGGUCGUUAUCUCCGCACAGACGGACUUAAGCCCCCAGAGAACACGGCACUCGAGUGUCUGAAACUCAUCUUGGCGGAGAAGCCUGGAGAUUUGUCUUCUGCACAAGAUGAGAUCAUAUCCGGUCUGGUGCGACAAAGUAUCAAUGUGCGGCGCUUCUUUGCGAGUGAGCUCCAGAUCUCCGUGACUGCGUUUUUCGACGCCAUCUACGAUAGAGGAGAUGGGGCCGCUGUCUGUUUAGAUACGAUCGUGUUGGAUCCGACGCUCUGGAAGACCGAAGAUUCCCGGUCGCAUGCCGAGAGUGAACUCUUCCAGCUCUUCAUUGCCAAGCUGAUGGAGUCGGGCCAUGAUCUCGAUGGACGCUCUCUGAAAGGGAUCGCGCGGCUGCUGGCUGUCGAUGCAGAGAGGCUACAGCACCUAGUGGAUGACGAGGAGUUGGAUGUGAUCAUUACCUCGCUCGAUAAUAGACUUCCGCUUGAAAUACGAAGCCAGGCUACAUUGUCUGUGGCCAAAUAUCUCGAGGCAUCCAAGGAUGUUGGCCAGAAGCAGUUUUCCAAAAUCAUAUCAGCCAAGGUGAAGAAGGGCCGCGCAGAAGACUUGAUUAUUGCCUUCUCAGCUGCCGCGGCCGUAUUCCCCGUGGCACCCAAUGCAAUGGCUUCCCUCUUUCUCACAGAAGGCUUUUUGCAGUCCGCCGUGCCACUGGUCUCUCGCCAGGUGAAAAGUCGUAGCGUGGAGAUUGCAAUGCUGGAGUUGUGCAACGCCGCCUGCAUCGAUCGAGCCUGUCGGGAGGCGAUUUCGAAGCAUUGUUCGGAGUGGCUCUCCCACACGCUCACCAACGGUAGCAGCGAGAGUUCUGAUCUAGCGGCCGUCGUCCUGGCAAAGAUCCGGGCUUCGGAACCGAGUGAUCCUUCCAAAUCGAAUGGUAAGGCUCAGGGUGAUGAUAACAGCGUGCAGGAACUUGUCGAUCGAUUUAAGGGACUGAUGUCUGAACCCAAGGUCGAGAACCCCCAGAACACGGUCGAAGGUCUGGCGUACUCCUCCGUCAAACCUAAGGUCAAAGAACAACUGGCUAAGGAUUCUUCUUUUCUGAAGAACCUCUUUGGUUUGAUCCGCCAAAACAUUGGGGACACCUCGGUGGUAUACGGCGGCUUGAUGAUUAUAUUCAAUGUCACCAAAUAUCUCCCCAACAUGUCUGAGGAACAGAAGAAAAUGUCCCAGCUCAAGGCUUAUGCCAAUGCUUCUGGGCCGUCGACAGGGCCGGAUCCUCUCGAUGACGAGGAGCAUGUUACUGCACGCUGCAGCGCCGUGAUCGAAGCCGGCAUUGUGCCAGUACUUGUUGAGUGUACGAAAAACAACCUCGCCCAGACCUCUAUCUCCGACUUGGUCAGCAAGAUUCUCUUAGCUCUUUCCAAGAACCCAAAAUCUCGCGGCAAGCUCGCACAGCAGGGUGCCGUCAAGCUGCUGCUUUCUAUUCUGGCGCCUAAGAAUGGAAAUUCAGAUCCUGUCAUGAAUGAAACGACCCAAGCCGCAGCUCAUGCUUUGGCCCGGAUCUUGAUUUCCGUUAACCCAUCCCAUGUCUUCCCGUCUUCCGGCCUUCCACAGAUCACGUCCGCUGUCCGGCCGCUGGUGAUGUUGCUCAGUUCGCCAGAGAGUUCUGCCGAUCAGCCACGCGACCUUCUGCCUGCCUUCGAAAGCCUCCUCGCUCUGACCAAUCUCGCCUCAUCCCCAGAUCCCAGUGCAGCAGAGGCGAUUGUGCGUCACGCUUGGUCUACACUGGAAGAUCUGCUCUUGUCCAAUUCUCCAUAUAUCCAGCGAGCCGCCUGCGAGCUGGUUUGCAAUCUGAUGACCUGCGAGUCGGGAGUAGGCAAGUUUGCUGACGGUUCGAAGCGAGCCGCCCAGCGCCUCCACAUACUGCUUGCUCUUACAGACGUAGAGGACGUUGCCACGCGGAAAGCUGCCGGAGGCGCCCUGGCCAUGCUGACCGAAUUUGAUGCCGCUGUGGCAGCUGUCCUCGAUCGACCGCGCGGCGUCAACCUCCUGCUGGGGUUGUGCCAGGAAGAAGAUGACGGGCUUGUCCACCGGGGCAUCGCCUGCAUCCGCAAUCUAACGUGCGCGUCAGGCGAUAUCGGGGUCCGCGGGAGAGAGGCAGUCAGACGGAGCGGAGGGAUCGACACUUUGAAGGGCUGUCUCAGGCGGACCACCAACCCGGCGGUGCUGCAGGCCGGGGUUGAGGCGCUGAAGCCGUUGGUCGAGCAGAAUGCGGGGUAG